GACACUUACUAAAUUAAACUUUGUCGAUUCCUUCUUUUAUAUUAUUCCAUACAAAACAAAUCCUUUUAUUUACUAUUCCUCUUACCACCUUUAAAAUCACAAACGAUAUUUUUGUUUAGAAUUCAAGUUGAUAAAGAAAUAAUUUGUCCGGUUUAAACAACGAACAAAGAAGAUCUUUAAUCUGUUGGGGUGUUGGGUUUUGAAAAAUGAUACCUCCUGCUGUGCCAGGCCAAAUUGAAGAACAACAAAACAUGGUUGGUUGGAAAAAUACGUUUAACAUGCGUCAAGUGACCAUCAUAAACUUGGCUGCUUCCCAAAUUGGUACAAGAAAUGGUAUAAAGCAUGAUCCGAAGAGUUACAUCAAUCAUGGGUGUAUCACAAAUCCGAUUAAGUCUUUGGAUAUCCUAAGAAAGAAUAUUCAAAAUGCUGUUAAUAAAGAUAUUGAUUGUAUUAUCAAAAAAUAUUUAGAUAAAUUUUUUCAACCAGCUGUAAAUAAUAUAAGACAAAACCAAGGUAGAGACAGUGUAAAUGAAGAACACGUCAAAUUAAUGUGUAGAAAAAUGUUAGAAGAUGCUAAAACAAUGUAUAAAGCUUCAAAUGUAUCGAGGGAUAGUUCUCCCCAUGAAUACAGUGACUCAGAUCCAGGGGGGUACUUUGAAUCACGUUUUUCUUUGGUGGAUAGAAAGCGAAAGGAAUCAGACACUGAUUCAGAAUCAACAACAAUUUCAAGUCAAAAAAGACAUAAGGCUAAAGACUGGGAAGAAAUUGCAAAACUUCCUAUAAAACGAGAAGCUCCAAAAUGGAGCUCGGAACGUUUAAAUCAACGAACAUUAUUUAUAAUGGGCGCUAGAGCUAAUAAAGUUCUAGGAUUCAGUCAAACGAGGGGACGAUUAUACGUUAGACAUCCAGAAUUAAUUCGUUAUGCAGGUGAUCAAGAAGAUAGAGAAUGGUUAACUUCAAAAUAUUUAAUGCCAGCAAGUGGCGGUAAGGCGUAUAUAAUGAUUUUUGAUGAUGUACGCGAAUUAGCUAUGUGUGAUGAGUAUAAAAAUAAUCCCAAUUUAAGAUUACAUGAAUUAAAAGGGUUUGAGGCACCGCCGUUUUUAUUGAAUAAAAUAAAAUUGUACAUAGAACGAAUGAGAACUGAUAAAAAAAUACCGUCGGUUGAUCUCUUUGAUUUCCAUCAAGUUCAGUCUAUUACAUCGCCUCUCGAUUCCGCUCCUUCAACUCCAUCCGACACUUUACACGAAUCCCAAUCUGCCAGUACGACCAGUUCUAAACACUCCGAAAACAAUUUUGUUAAUAUUCCUGAAAUUAGUCCGAGUUCGAAUAAUUCCUUGAUGUCUGGUCAAUUAACCCAGAGUCCAAUUCCAAGCUCCAGUAGUUUACUGUCGCCUAACUUGCUGAUGACUAUUGCCACAUCUGAAGGACAGAGCAAUAAUGGAUUGAUUGUUUUAAGGGACAACCAUCAAAAUGAUAGUUGUUUGUCUACACUUUUAGCUAGUCAUAUGUCUAGUGAUAAUUCACAAGAUUUUUAAAUGAUUUUAUGGCUAUUUUUUUAUUGUUAGGAUUGUUGUUUUAAUCCCAGUAUUUUUAAUAACGAAAACCUGUCCAAAGACCAAUUUACUAAUCCAAAGAAUGAAAUUUAUCCAAAGAUAGGAAAUAUUUUUUAUACACCCCAAAAAAAAUGAGAAUUGAUACGUAGUAUA